AGACAAACAAAUUUAAGAGAAACAAUUAACUCAACAAUGAGGAAACCAGAGGUAGCAAUUGCAGCUACUAAUCAAGUAAAGAAGAUGAAGAAGGGACUUUGGUCUCCAGAAGAAGACUCAAAGCUGAUGCAAUAUAUGAUAAGCAAUGGGCAAGGAUGUUGGAGCGAUGUCGCCAAAAACGCAGGCCUUCAACGAUGUGGCAAAAGCUGCCGUCUUCGUUGGAUCAACUAUCUUCGUCCUGACCUCAAGCGUGGCGCUUUCUCUCCUCAAGAAGAGGAACUCAUCAUUCGCUUUCAUUCCAUUCUUGGCAACAGGUGGUCUCAGAUUGCAGCAAGAUUGCCUGGUCGGACCGACAACGAGAUCAAAAAUUUUUGGAACUCGACAAUAAAGAAAAGGCUAAAGAAGAUGUCCGAUACAUCCAAUCUCAUCAACAACUCAUCCUCAUCACCUAACGCAAGUGACACCUCUUCUAAUUCUUCCUCUUCUUUGGAGCUUAAAGACAUUAUAGGAAACUUCAUGUCCUUACAAGAACAAGGAUUCGUCAACCCCUCUUUGACCAACAUAACAACCAACAACAAUCCAUUCCCAGCGCCACACAUGAUCAGCCACCCGUGUAAUGACGACUUUACCCCUUACGUAGAUGGUUUCUUUGGGGUAAACACAGGGCCACAAGGGGAACUCUACUUUCCACCUCUGGAAUGUGAAGAAGGUGAUUGGUACAAGGCAGAUAUUAUUAACAACUUAGACGACAUGAACAAUAAUGGAGCUGGAAACGUACCUGAGAGUAUGAGAAUGGAAGAAUAUUGGGACCUUGACCAGUUGAUCAUGAACACCGAGGUCCCUUCGUUUUACUUCAACUUCAAACAAAACCUAUGAAUUUUUACGUCAUCUUAUUCUUUUUCUGUUGCGGAAUUAUACUCAAGAUUCUUAGCCUCACAUAAAUGCAAAUAUAUAUACAUUGUUAUAGUUAGAUGAAAGUUAGAGAGUGUUUUGUAUUUCGAAUAAUCUUUUCAUACUAGGGCUUGACGUGCCAU